UCUCGGAACCGUUUUGUCAUCAGUCAGCUGGAACCGUCGUAGCGUGAAAAUACAUCAGAAAAUGAAAACCAUUGCCGCCAUUGUUUCAUUCGCCCUGAUUGCCGGGUGCAUGGCAGUCACGGAGGAUCAGAAAGAAGCUGCCCGCCAACUGGCCGGAAAGUGCAUGCAACAGACGGGCACCUCGGAGGAAUCUGUCCAACGUCUUCGCAAUGGCGAUACAUCCGGUGCCGAUGACAACACCAAGUGCUUCGUGCAGUGCUUCUUCCAGGGUGCUGGAGUCGUCGAUGGUGAAGGAAACAUGCAGGAAGCAUUUGUAACGGAGAAGCUGGCCAGCGAAUACGGUCAGGCCAAGGCCGAGGAAGUUGUUCAGAGAUGUAGAAACAACAGUGGAGCCAAUGCUUGCGAACGGUCGUUCUCGCUGUUGCAGUGUUACAUCGCCAACAGAGCUAGUUUGAUGUAGAGUGUGGAAAUGCUGUAACAUUUUGGAAAUACUGAUAUACAUCGAAUGCGGUGACUCGAAAGAGCACUAAAAAGCCAUUGCAACUAACUCAUUCCUGGUGUUCUUUUCAAGUAUUUGGUUCCUAAUAAAAUAUUUAAUUGGUUAUGAAAA